CAGUCUUACCGGUCAUUCUGAGUGUUUACUUUCUUUACUUUACUGAAUCAAGCCGACUAUUCUAGACCCGGUCUAGUAUAGUUUGACCGGUCAAGUAAUUUACACCAUCAUUUUUGGCGCCAACCGUGGGACCGUUAAGGUUUCUUCUCUUCUAAAUACAAACCUACCCGCAAAAACACCACUCAAAAUGUCUUCCAGCCAGCAAAUCAACGCCACCUCUGCUCAGGUGCAAGCCACCACUGAAGGUGCCAGCAUCCCCAUGGCUGUUACCCUGCCCACCGUUUCAGCUCCGGUUUUGCCAUUGGGACUGGGCUCGGUUCCAACACCCAGCAUGGUCAGCCCAUUCACGGCCCCCGUCCCUUCCGCUGGGCCAAGGGUCACCUUUCCACCAAGCAUGACUCAGUUCAUGAAUGACCCAGCCAACUUACAAGCCAUCCAGGGCUUUGGCCAGGUCAUGGCCAUGUGCCAACAGAAUGGGGGAAUGCCUUUCCUCCCAGGGAUGUUUCCAUUCGCCCUUCCAGGUGCUGGAACGAUGCCCCUUCAAGCUCCGAUGGCAGUGACGCCAUUCCAGACGCCGGUGCCGCAACCAUCACCUUUCCAGCCGCAGCUGGUCAGCACCAUGGCACCUGUCAACUUGAUUGGUGCGCUCAACGCCGCAGGGCCGUCGCGUCCCCCGCAAGGUACGAAUCCACUAAUCACCCCCGAUGGUCACUGCGUCUCAGUGGAGAGCGGAGACAAUGAGUGGGACAUUCCAAGGACCCACAAGAAGAAGAAGGGAAAAACCAUCCGACCCGCCACCUCCCGAAACUCCGCCUUCGAAAGGCUGGGGGAUAGGGAGGAGGGCCAGAGAAAAUCAGCCAAGCUAAGGCUGGGGCAAAGCGUUGCCCAUGUCAGCGCGUUUGCCCGGUUAGGCAAGAUGAGGGAGGCCGAGCCUGCCCGCACCCAACACUCCCGGUCAAACCGGCAGGAGCCAGCCAGGACGAGGGCCUCUCGUCAGGAGGAAGAGGCAGAAAUCCAACCCAGGGUACCGGUGGCUAACCGGUUAACCACCCCCAAUGAUCGCGUCCAGCAGAUGGAGGCAAAGCUGGAGAGGCGGGAGAAGAAGGUUGGAGAGAAGAAUGACCGGGACAAACCCCUUGCAGGGUCCCCGUUCACUACAAGGGUCCAUCUGACACCUUUCCCACGAAAGGUCAAGAUAGACGCCCCAAGGUUUACCGGCAAGGAGGAUCCAGAAAUACAUCUGGAUUCUUUCAACCAAAGUGCAACUAUGAAUGGUUGUACGGAUGAAGAAAAGUGCCUCCUUUUCUUCCAAACCCUGCGGAAUCGAGCUACUGAAUGGUUCAACAAACUUCGCCCGGGAAGUAUUGAUUCAUUCAGUGACUUGGCCUCAAAAUUUAAGGCCAAGUUCCAGGAAAACUGUACUAAGAGGAAGAAAUUCACCUAUCUUAGUACAGCCGGGCAGAGGGAAUCUGAGAACCUCACUCAGUUCCUUACCCGGUGGAAGGAGGAGGUAGACAAGGUUGAGGAGAUGGACGACAAGACGGUGUUGUCCCUCCUCCUGAACGGCUUACGUGCCGGGGAACUAUACAAGGAAUUCUGCCGAAAACCCCCCGGCCACGGACCUGACCGUUGGAAGGAAUUUAAGGCUAAAACUUUCCUUGUUUGGAAGUCAACAGCCAAAACAGCGAUGUAGGGUUUUUUGGACAUCGCUGUUGGCAUGACCGUUGCUUCCCAAUUUUUAAAAAACCAAGCCUAGAACAGCGAUGUCCAGGCCUAGGACAGCGCUGUCUAGGUGAUUUUCAGCAGAUCCAAUUUUAAUCAAAUCCCACAAAUUGUGCCAAUCACCCCUUAAAUGUUUUGGUCCGUUGGAGCCUACUUUUCCACUAUAAAAUGUGGUGUUUGGG